AUGUCGAAACGAUUAUAUCCUAGUGGAUCUGAAAAAAGGAAAAAAACUGCACACCAGAAAGAACUUAUUGAAAAAUUACCAAAAUUAGAAUCAUAUUUUACCAAAAGAGAAACUUCUAUAAGUAGCCAUCAAUUAACAAAUCCUCCACCUGAUGAGUCGUGUAGACCACAAAUUACGGUAAGUUCAAAAUCCUUAUAUUCUACGCUAACUUCUAUUAAUCUCGGAAAAGACAUCGAAUCACUCGAAUCAGAUAAUGCAGUAUGCGACCGUCUUUGUGAUGAAAAAGCAACAACUUCGUUGACUUCACCAACAACAAUAAUUGUAUCAGUUGAACCACAACAAUUUUCCGACCCAGAACAUAUUAUAUCACACGACCCCGCUUAUUAUUUUCACGAAAAUUUAACUGAAACAAAUCGAGAAAUGUUGAUUUGUAAAGGACCUGCGUAUUUUCAAAAUAAAGAUUAUGACUUUUCCGAGUCAUCUAGAACUUACAAAGAAGCAAAUGGUAAUAAAUCAAUAACUAGGUAUUUCAACAAAGCAUUAUUUAUUCGUAAAUUGAAAAACAACGAAAGUGUCGAAAGAAAAUGGUUGUUGUAUUCGCCUUCGAAAAAAUCAGUAUUUUGUUUUUCAUGUUGCUUAUUUAAUUCUUCUGAUAUAAACCUAUGCUCUCCAAGUGGAUGUAAUGAUUGGAAGCACAUUAAUAGUAUAAUUUUAUCACAUGAAAAUAGCUCAGCACAUGGUCAAUCUAUGAUGACAUAUCUGGCACGAAGUAAAGUGGUUGGUAGAGUAGAUACAGAUUUAUUAUCUCAACAUAAAAAAGAAGUGAAUUACUGGAGAAAUGUACUUGAACGGAUUGUAGCUGUUAUCAAAUUUUUGGCGUCGAGAGGACUUCCAUUUCGCGGUGACAAUGAAAUCGUAGGAUCUCCCAAUAAUGGAAAUUAUUUGGGAUGUGUGGAAUUAUUAAGUGAAUUUGAUCCAUUACUUGCGAAUCACUUAAAAACAUUUAGGAAUCCAGGAAAAGGAAAUAUUUCUUAUUUAUCUGCAAAUACCUGUAACGAGUUUAUUGACGUAAUGGGAAAACAGGUUCUAAAAGAAAUUGUAAAUGAAGUUAAAUUAGCAAAAUAUUUUUCCAUUAGCGUUGACAGUACGCCCGAUCUAUCUCAUGUUGAUCAGUUAACUUUUAUAAUUCGUUAUGUAAAAGACUGUGUCCCCGUUGAAAGAUUUCUGAAAUUUAUACCCAUCAAAGAACAUAAAUCUGAGUAUUUGGCAGAAACAAUAUUAAGUUUUUUAGAGAAAUAUGAUAUUCCAAUUAAAGAUUGUAGAGGCCAAAGCUACGACAAUGCUUCAAAUAUGUCGGGAAAGUAUACAGGUGUACAAGCAAGAAUCAAGGAUAAAUGUGAAUUUGCCACCUUUGUGCCAUGUGCUGGACAUUCACUAAACUUGGUAGGUGUCCAUGCCGCUGGGUGUGUAUUAGAGGCAACAAAGUUUUUUGAUAUUAUUCAGAAACUUUAUAAUUUUUUUUCGGGCUCUACGUAUCGAUGGAAUAAAUUGACAGAACAUUUAGGUUCAAAAAAAGUUGUAAAAAGUCUUUCACAAACGAGAUGGUCUGCGAGAGCUGAUGCAGUAAGCGCCCUGCAUAAAGGCCAUAAACAAAUUAUUGAAGCUUUGAUGUCUAUCGCGAAUGAUUCUGAACAGCCACGAGAAACAAGAGACGAAGCCUUAAGUGUGUCCAGAAAAAUUAUAAACCUAGAAUUUAUGAUACUAACCGAAAUUUGGAGUUUCAUAUUGGAAAGAAUAGACAAAACAAAUCAACGAAUUAAGAAGUACAAUGCUACAAGAAAGAUUGAACAGUUUGUCAUUGAUGUCAAUAGAAUGUGA